CUAACCGAAAUAUCAUUCACUCUCGUUCUCAACCCGAACAUCCUAAUUUCUUCCCACUCAUAUCUCUCACACACACGCUUACGUCAUUCAUUUUCUCAUAAUCCACCGGCACCGGCAUGGCGGUUAUCGGAAACCUAGCACUACUACUAGACGUAACAUCACCGCGAACAACCACCGUAAGUGACCGUAGUAACAACAAAUCACGAUUACUUCCAUCAGACAUCAUUCUUCACUUAUUCAAAAAGGAUCCGAUUAUAUAUUCACCUAAUAAUAACAAUAACAACACUCUGUACGUAUCGAAAGGCGGAAUCGAGUUCGAAAAGGAUCCGGUAACAAAUCAUUACAGGAGUAAUAGUAGUAGUACACGUGGACGGAAGGCGAAUUCGAAAAAGUAUAACGAAAUGGAUUACGAGAGUUCGAGUGACGAAGAUAACGGUUACGGCGGCGGUGAUGAUGAGGAUGUUACAAAUAAUGAGGCUGAAAUUGAGAGGAAGAAGAGGUUAGCUUGGGAAAAUGAGAUGAGAAUCAGAGUUAAGGAGAUUGAGGAUAUGAGAGAGUUGGAGAAGAAAGCUGAGGAGUUGCAGAGCCGAGACGAAGGCGAAGGAGAUGACGGUGGAGAUGACGAAGAAGGAACUGAGGAGACGGAAGACGAGACGGAGGAAGAAAAGAGGAUGAGAGUUAGGAGAGAGCUUGAGAAGGUUGCCAAGGAACAAGCAGAGAGGAGGAAAAUGGCUCAACUGAUGUUUGAUUUGGGCCAAAAGGCUUAUGGAAAGGGCACGUAUGGGCGUUCCAUUGAGUUCUUUGAAGGUGCUCUUACAAUCAUACCAAGGCCUACAUUGUUUGGUGGCGAGAUACAGAUAUGGCUUGCUAUGGCUUACGAAGCUAAUAAUCGCCACAAAGAUUGUAUUGAUCUUUACCGGAAGCUAGAAACAAGUCAUCCUAGUCUCAGUAUUAGACGUCAGGCUAAAGACCUUCGAUAUAUCUUGCAAGCCCCCAAGCUUAAGAUAUCGCAGGAAGAGAUGGUUACAAUUCCACUUAUCGGUUCCAGCUAUGAUAGCUAUGCAGGAACUUGGAGUGAUAAAAAUAAGGACAAGGAUGAAAGAAUCAACAGAUCCACGACCAAUCAGGUCUCAUCAGGCAGAGACUACCUUGGUGACUUUCUAGUAUGGCGGCCGCCAGGUGACUUGGCAAAUAACCAGGCCUUUUGGGCAGCUUUAUUUCUGUGGGUGGCCCUGGUCGGAGCUGCCCUCUUUCUUCAGUAGACUAUCUUUGGCACAGUUUGCAGGUAUAUAUUCAUUGUUGUUGGACAUAUUUCUAUAGUAUGAUCAUAGUUUCAUUUUAAUGUGUAUAUGAAGAAAUGUCUGUAAUUAUCAUUGUGUUGGUUUAAAUAUUAUUCAAAGGUUAUAUAAUCACAACCAGUUGCGCUUAAAGUA